CUCCUCAUUCCUUUGCUGGACAACUUUGUAACCUGAAUAACAGGUUGGGACAAUCUCCAACAGGAAGAAGGAGAAAACACACUGUUUUGGGUUUGAGUGGCAACGGAGGGAUUCUUGCUCCACCCUGUGUACCUGUCCCGGGUGUCUUUCCCACUCCCCACCCCAGCAGGCCAGUCCUGGACCCCAGCUCCAGGGCACCCACAGGCUGCCAGGACAAGCAGAUUGGACACUCAGGACACCAAGAAGCCCUGCAGGUACUGGGUGGGCAGCCAGGGACUCAGUCCAGAGGAAGAGCAGCCUGGGGAGCCCUCACAGCCCAUCUGGGACUGGCCACUGGCCCCUGCCCCUCUCCGCCCCACUGCCCUGAAGCCAGAUUUCCUGCUCAGCACAGACAGGACAGCGAGAAGCUAGCCCCUUGCCCAGGUGAAAGCUGACCCCACUCCACCCUUCACCUGGACAAGAUGAGAGUGUCAGGUGUGUUUCGCGUCCUGGCCCUCAUCUUUGCCACGGUCACCACGUGGAUCAUUAUUCGAAACCACAUGGGCUUCAGCAUAAAAACCAUCCGUCUGCCGCGCUGGCUGGGCUCGUCCACCAAGGAGACCCAGGUCAUGAAGCACAAAUGUGGCCUCAUCAAACCCUGCUCAGCCAACUACUUUGCGUUUAAAAUCGGCAGCGGGGCUGCCAACGUCGUGGGCCCUACUAUGUGCUUUGAAAAUCACAUAAUCAUGAGUCCUGUGAAAAACAACGUGGGCAGAGGCCUGAACAUCGCCCUGGUGAACGGAACCACGGGAGCGGUGCUGAGUCAGAACGCAUUUGACAUGUACUCUGGAGAUAUUAAGCACCUGGUGAAAUUCCUUAAAGAAAUUCCAGAGGGUGCACUGGUGCUGGUGGCCUCCUACGACGACCCGGGGACCAAAAUGAAUGAUGAAGCCAGGAAACUCUUCGCCAACCUGGGGAGUUCCUAUGCAAAACAGCUGGGCUUCCGGGACAGCUGGGUCUUCGUAGGAGCCAAAAACCUCAGAGAUAAAAGCCCCUUUGAGCAGUUCUUAAAGAACAACCCAAAAACCAACAAAUACGAGGGAUGGCCAGAGCUGCUGGAGAUGGAGGGCUGCGUGCCCGCAAGGCUAUUUUAGGGUGACUAUGGCUCUUCUUGUGCUUGGGGACCUGAAGAAGCUCCUGCCUGACUUAGGAGUCAGAGCCCAGCAGGCGCCAAGGAGGAGGAGCAGAGGGUGCCGCGUGGAAGGCGCUGUCUGUCGGUCCUUGUGCGCUGUGUCGCACUUUCCCUCCUCGGAAGCAGAACCCUCCCACAGCACAUCCCACCUAGGAGACCAGCCUCAGAGGGCCAUUCUGGAACCAGCUGUCUGUGGUGAGAACAGGGUGCUUUCAUCAGGGACCGCUGACGGCCUAGGACUGACUGCCCACAAAUGCGCCCAAUUAAAUUUUAUUUUUGCUGGUUUUCAGUGAA